AUGGCCGAGGACCCAGUCGGCGAGCACGGCGCCGUGGAGUUCGAGCUCCCGUUGGCGCCCGCGCCCGCGGCCAACUUGUUUGCGCCGCACAAGUACCUCCACAAGUUGUUGGGACUCGACGCCAGCGACUCGCUACUAUCGGACAUUUUCGCCAUGGUGGCGGCGCUCUGCGACCCCAUGACACAGCCCGAGGACAACGAGCGGUUCCCGCUCAGCGUCGAGGCCUUGGGCCAGGUCGCGGUGGCGCUCGCGUACCAGAUGCUCGUGGCACAAAGCGCGCCGCCGGGCGACCCGAAACAGGGCGACCACAAACACACAGACCACAAACACACGGACCCGAAACACGCGGACCACAGCCAUGCGGACCCAAAAUACGGCAGCCCGCCGGCCGGCGCGGCCGGCGUGGCCGCGCUCCGCUUCGCGCUCUCGCUCAAGUUCUUCGCCAUCCUCCAGGCCAUCCACCGCGUGCUCCGGGCCGACGACGAGCUCCGCGUGCGGUACUUGCAGAACGACCGCGACGCGUGGCAAAACACCGCGGCGCACUGGCUCCCGGGCGUGCCGCCGGACGCGCCGCACGACGCGGACGCGUGCCUCAAGGUGCUCUACUACGCGGCGUGCGUGGCGGUGAUGGCGCUCCACAAGCUCUUUGCGCCGCCGCGCGGCGCCGCGUACUCGCCCGCCGUCAACCCCUACUCCGAGUACUUGCUCCGGCUCUGGAAGACGCACACCAGCAUCGUGGCGCUCGCGUUGGAGAUGGACCGCGAGUUGGAGGAGCAGGCCUGGGCCGCGCGUGCCGAGUACUUGGACACGCCGGAGCUUGUCAAGAAGGCGCUCCUCGGCUCCUCGGCCGUGCGCACCGUGCUCGCGUGGGUGCUCGAGCAGGUGGGCGCGGGCGCGCCGGCGGGCGAGGCCGCGCCGCUCGACGCGGACGUGUGCACGGCGCCGCUCCUCCUCUUCUACGACCCGUUGGCGCGGGCCGCCAGCAACUGCGGCAGCGUCACGCGCGACCAGCAGCUCCUCAUGGUGGCCACGCUCGUGGUGCGGCUGCACGUGCGGCUCUCGCCCGUGGCGGACCCCCCGCCGCCCGAGACGUUCCCCGUGUUCGACGCGCAGGACUACGCGUUCCGCGUGGCCAACCGCGCGGCGGCGCUCGGCUCCGCGGGCGACUUGAUGGUGGACCUCUACUACCGCGACCAGUUUGACGAGGACAUCAAGUACGUGUUCGGGUACUACGAGUCCGACGACGAGGGCGGGCCCGGGCCUGCGCCCGACGCGCCGCGCGCCGCCGAGGCCCACGGCACGGCGCGGCGGGCCAAGACGGACGAGAUCGAGUUUGACGGCGAGGGCCGCGACUGGCGCGACUGCGCGCGCGGCGAGAACGUGGUCUUCACCGCCCGCUUCUUGGCGUUGGACGCGCGGGCACGGGCGCCGGGCGCGGACUCGGACCACUUCUUCUCGUCGUGGUUCGAGCUCGAGCAGGCGCUCGAGUUCUUGGCGCUGGUCAAGAUCGAGAGCGUGUCGGCGUUCGUGCAGCGCGUGGGCCAGGUGACGCUCAACACGGUGGCGAGGGCCAUCCGCGACGAGGCGGCCGGCCAGGCGGGCGCGUCCAUCAGCCCGGACCAGAUCAACAUGCACUUGACCUCGGUGGCCAAGCGCGAGCUCCGCGCCGUUGCGCACGAGGAGCUCCCGUCGUUGUCGUUCGACCAGCUCACCACGUUCGACCUCAUUCUCUUCCGCAACCCGGAGUGCGCGUUGGCGCUUUUCGACGAGCUCUUCAUGUGCAAGGGCUUGCGCAGAUCGCUCAUCUGGUACUUCACCCACUGCGUGGACUUUCUGAUGACCUUGAUCAACUACGUCUACGAGCUCGUGAGCGGGCUCCGCGGCAACUGCCCGGGGCGCGAGGCCAAGUACGCCUUUUCGCGGCAGGGGCCCUUGCAGCUCUCGCUGGUGGAGAAGCUGAUGGCGCUCCACGAGCUCUUUGGCACGGCGAGCCGGUGGGUGCGCGACGACCCGGACAUGCCUUCCUCGCGCGAGCUGCACACCGUCAAGCUAGUCCAGUGCCUCUGCCUCAUGAUCCUGCGCUUGAUCCUGAACGGCACCAUCAAGCAGCACUCCGAGGACUCCCUCGAGGACUAUUCGCACGAUCUCCAGGUGCUACUAUUCCCUUGGAUAGGACGGGUGCCCGCGGCCAGGGAGCUCUUUUUCAAAAUAAAGCAGGAUCAGUUUCGCUGGCUCGAGCUCGACGAUGCACAUGCUGAUGAGAACACGCCCGAAAAGCCGCCCCAGCCCGCCCUGGACGCCAGCGCCUCCGACAUCCUCUGCGUGCUAGACAGACUCGCCACCCUCCCCCACAACCAAUACCUAGCUGUGGCCGAAGAGCCCUCCGUCCAGCUUGCAUUCCGCGAGUUUGGCCAGAGGCUAUUCUACCACAUUUGCCGCAUCUACAAUGUCGACUCCGUCGACUUGACGCCCUUCAAGACCGAUAGACCGGCGCUGGACGACUUUUUCAUCUUCCUCACACGCUUCAACGACUUCUCGAAAAACAAAACGUUCGCGCGCAACAUUUUCUCCCUACUAGAGGGGAUCAUAGUGGGGGACAGGCCUGACCCGCAGGAUGACGGAGAAGCCGAAUUCUUGGCCGCGCAGAUGGAGCAAGGCGCCGCCUCUCAGACAAGCGACGCGGAGCCGGUCGAAUCAGAGUUCAAUAACGCUUUCCUUAAUGGCGAAGGCCAUUUCCAGGAUGACGAGCUUGACAAGACAGAUGACAAGACAGACGACAAGACAGACGACAAGAAGAAGAAAAAGAAGAAGAAGAAGCGCCGGGGGAAGAAAUAA